AUAGCUGGCCUGAUUAAUCUCUUCGGUGUAAAGGAAAUCUGAGGAUAAAUGGAAUAAUAUGUUGACCUUUAAUAUCACCGGAAUCAUAUUCUCCGGUUGGCCCGAAUCCGUCGUAUUUCGGCGAAGGUUUUAUCUUCUAGAAAACCAAAAGCGGAAGGGAAUUCAAUUCUGUCCUCGCCUGAGAUUUAUUUCCAUUUCUGCAGAAGUGAUUCCAUUUGCUUAUUAUUCAUUCAGAGAAUCAGAAAGUCCGGUAAUGGCGCGUUUGUGGUGGUCCGUCCUCAUGGCGUGGUGGGUACUGGUUUCCGCCAACGCCGCAUACGGCGGCGCGGAGCCGCUGGCGGGCCGGGUUUACGGAUGCGCGUAUGCUGCCAUGCUGUAUAUGGGGACACCGAGAGAUUACGAUUUCUACGUUGCAACACGUGUCAUGCUUCGAUCUCUGGCGCGGCUCGGCGCCGAAGCUGAUUUGGUCGUCAUUGCUUCCAUGGACGUUCCUCUGCCGUGGAUCCAUACCUUAGAACAGGAAGAUGGUGCAAGGGUGGUAAGAGUUGAAAACUUGAACAAUCCUUACAGAGUUCAAGAUAAUUUUGACUGGAGAUUUGAGUUAUCGUUGAACAAAAUCUAUGCUUGGAGCCUAGUGGAGUAUUCAAGAGUUGUGAUGCUCGAUGCAGACAACCUUUUCCUUCAUAAAACCGAUGAAUUGUUCCAAUGUGGCCACUUUUGUGCUGUCUUCAUUAAUCCCUGCAUCUUCCAUACCGGGCUUUUUGUAUUGCAGCCAUCAAUAGAGGUAUUCAAAGAUAUGGUUCAUGAGUUGGAGGCUGGGAGGGAAAACCCUGAUGGAGCAGACCAAGGGCUUAUAGGGAGCUACUUCCCAGAUUUACUAGACAAGCCAAUGUUUCACCCUCCUUCAAAUGGCGCCAAGCUUGAGGGGCAAUACAGACUUCCCCUUGGCUACCAAAUGGAUGCUUCUUAUUAUUAUCUUAAACUCCGAUGGGAUGUUCCUUGUGGACCAAAUAGUGUCAUUACUUUCCCUGGCGCACCAUGGUUGAAACCAUGGUAUUGGUGGUCAUGGCCUGUCCUGCCUCUUGGUAUCCAAUGGCAUGAACAACGGCGACAAACUAUUGGAUAUGAUGCUGAGAUGCCUAUUGUGACCAUCCAAGCUGUGAUGUACCUAGGAGUCAUGGCAAUCACACAUUUAGCGCGCCCCUACCUUUUCAAGUUGUGCUAUCGACCCGAAGAUUCCAAGAAUAUCAUAAUACAAACCGGCCUAAAGUUGAUUGUCAUAGGGUCCAUCCUCUUAUCCUACAUUGUCCCGUUCUUUGUUAUCCCUUCCACAAUCCAUCCCAUCUUGGGAUGGACCCUAUACAUGUUUGGUGUUUUCUCGCACUUGUGUGUCGUGAUAACUGUGUUCCUCGUGCCAAUGCUGACUGUUUUAGUCCCGUUGUUCGGGUUUCUUGGUGCCCUUUUAGUCAUGGCUUACCCAUGGUACCCGAGUGGAGUGGUGAGAGCUCUAGCUGUAUUUGCAUACUCUUUCUGCGCUUCCCCAGUCGUGUGGGGGGCAUUUGGGAGACUAUUUGCUUCCCAUUAUGUUUCACUGGAAAGGGGGAACGGAUUCUUGAAUAGGCUCCAGAGUGAAUCUACAACACUUUCUGUCUUUAACAAGUUUCAUUGAAGACAAAAAAACUAUAUUUCCUCAACUUGGCCUGCAUAUACACAAACUGGCAUCGAUCCAUGAAUUUGUAUUGUCUGCAAAGCAAUGGUACAAAAC